AUGCCUGCGCGCACUCGCCAUGCUGUAACCUCAACGGCCGAGGUCGUCGAGCCGGAGGAAGAACAAAAUGGACUCCACAAAUUGCGUUUCAAUGAGCCCUUAUCAUGGCGCGUGGGAAAAUCUGCCAUUCCCGUCGCCGAUCUAUUGAGCCGACUCCAGGUCCUUGCGCAUGAGCUAUCGACAACCGAACAGGACGAUAUCGACAAGGCUUCGUUGAAGAAGGUUUCUCAGGAGUUAGCAAAUGGUCAUCUGCUGGCUCACCGCGACAAGGGAGUACGAGCUUGGGUCACAAGUUGUAUCGUGGAUAUUCUACGUUUAUGCGCGCCAGAUGCCCCCUUUACCGGAAAUCAAUUAAAGGAUAUUUUUACAUGCAUCGUAACUUCCAUCAUUCCGGCUCUUGCAGACCCCUCGAAUGCCUACAACACACAGCAUAUCUAUGUCUUGAAUUCACUGGCUGAAGUCAAGAGUAUCGUCCUUUUGACCGAUCUUGACUCCCCCGAUGCUCUUAUAUUCCCUCUAUUCAACUCCUGCUUCGAUAUCGUGGAAGGAUCAUCCAAAUCCUCCACCGGAGAACAAGUCGCGAAGAAUGUAGAGUACGAUAUGACUCGGCUCCUGGUAACAGUUAUUGAUGAGUCGCCGACCUUGGCACCGGAAGUAGUGGACAUCCUAAUAACGCAGUUCCUUCGUGUCGAGCCGCGCGUUUUCGAGCCGUCUGGAAAGAAGGCCAAAAAGGUCGAAAUUGACCCCAACCAGGAUACUCUUCUUCUGAAAGAUUAUCCGGCAGCAUAUGAUAUGGCAAAGGCUAUCUGUCAUGCAUGUCCUGAAAAAAUGACAAGUUAUAUCAGCCAGUACUUCAAUAAUGUUAUCAUCGAUGCAUCUGCCCCGUCAGAGACGAUAAACGGGUCGAAAAACUCGUCAAACCGAAGGCACAGCUUGGACGAAUCGGACGACGAGACUGAAGAUAUUAAAGAGCUUGGAAAAGCCCACCGUUUAAUUAGAGAGCUAUGGCGUGCAUGUCCCGAUGUCUUGCAGAAUGUUAUUCCGCAAUUGGAAGCAGAACUAUCCGCAGAAUCGGUCUCUCUUCGUCUUCUUGCAACCGAAACCAUUGGUGAUCUUGCCGCCGGCAUUGGAUUAUCUGGUCCUCCUCCACCUCCCCCAAUGGACCCUGCACAAUAUCCACCUGUCACCCUACUCGGCUAUCCUGAAACGGUGCCCCAGUCGAAUGUACUUCAGAAACCAUUAGCACCGAAGCCUUUUGCCCAAGUGCAUUCAUCAGCAUAUGAGAGUUUCCUCAGUCGUCGCCAGGACAAAUCUGCUUCGGUCCGCUCAGCCUGGGCUACUGCUAUAGGACGCAUCGUGCGUACUUCUGCAGGUGGCUCAGGCUUGAGCGAGAGUGAUGAGCAGUCCCUGGUGAGAGGUCUGGCCAAUAUGCUCCGCGAUGCCGAUGACAAGGUGCGACUAGCUGGCGUGGAAGCUAUUGGGUCAAUGGGUUUCACAGACAUUGUGAAUAAAUUGGGCGUUGCUGGUGGCCUCGGAUCGGCGGACUCGGUCUUCUCUAUUCUUGCUGAACGUGUGAAAGAUCGUAAACCAGCUGUCCGUGACCGUGCCAUGAGGGUACUUGCAAGAAUAUGGGCAGUUGCUAUUGGUGAGAUUGAGGAAGGCAAUGAGCAAGUUCUGUCACUUCUCAAAGACGCACCAUCCAAGAUUUAUGACGCAUUCUAUACGAAUGACCCCGAGAUUCAAGCUCUCAUUGACCGCGUGCAGUUCGAGUACCUGCUUCCUAUUAGUUAUCCCGGCUCGAAGUCGAAGAAUAAGGGCAAGGAUGCUGAGGGUACGAUGGAUAGAGUUCGAGUACAGCGUAUUCUUACUCUGAUCAAGAAUCUCGAUGAAAAAUCCAAAAAGGUGUUCUUCGCAUUUCAGAAUCGACAAUUGAAUUUAAGAACCGCAUUGAGUGUGUAUUUACAGGCCUGCGAAGAAUACAAUGGUGGCGUCAUAGAGAAAGAUGAAGAGCGGAUCAAGGCUCAACUCGGUAGAGUUGUUGAUCUUGUCUCAAAGUCUCUUCCAGACAGCUCUCGUGUUUCGGCAGAUCUAUGGAAGUUUGCAAAAACACAUGACCGACGUAACUACCAGCUUAUACGCUUUGCCAUGGCGGCGCAAAGCGACUAUCGGACGGUAACCAAAGCCAUCAAAGAAUUAGCCAAGAGGAUACAAAGUGGAAACACUCCGUCUUUGCUAGAUACACUCACUCCGCUGCUCUAUCGCGCUAGCUCUCUUGUAUUCAAUAGGAGCCAUAUUCCGGCUAUUAUGGAAUUUUCACGAACCGACGAUAAGGGGUUAUCUCUGCCUGCGCAAGAAAUCCUGAAAGAAAUUUCAUCUCGUAAUCCUGAGGUGCUGGAGGCGCAAGUACAGGAGAUGUGCAGGGACUUGGAAGAGCAAGCCCCAAGCGCCAAAUCACCGGAUGACUUGGGAUCAGAGGAGAUUCUCAAAGCCUGUUCUGGUUUUGCUAAGAAGCUGCCUGAAAAACUCCCCAAAGAAAGGAAGUUCCUACAGGCUCUUAAUGCUUAUGCUCUAUACAGUUCAUCUCCCCGAGCCGCGAAGCAUGCUGUGUCAAUUAUUAUGGCCAUUGCCGACAAAAAGGAGAUGUACGCGAAAGAUCUCGUUCAGAAAUGUGUCAAAGAUUGCGAAUAUGGCUCGACUUACUUCUUGACGCGCUUAGCUACACUUGCGCAACUGAAUCUCCUUGCUCCUAAGGAAGUUGAUACCGAGAGUACUAAGAUUGUAUCCAUCGCAGUUGAUAAGAUCCUACUUGUGAAUCGAUCGAAGCAGCCGGAUUCGGGCUAUACUUGGUCAGAAGAGCUUGAUGAGGAGACGAAGGCUAAACAAUGGGCACUCAGAAUCAUUGUCAACCGACUGCGUGGAAAAGACGGCGCAGAUGAAGAAGAAUUUCAAAAGCUUGCUGAACCAGUUUAUACUAUCCUGAAUAAGCUUGUUGCUGGCGAAGGUGAAAUCUCAAAGAAGAAAGAUACGCCUGAUACCCAAAAGCCUCGUUUGCGUCUUGAUGCCGCUAAAUUGCUAAUGAAAUUAUCCGCCUCACAUGCGUCCUGCGACCAGCUCCUAUUACCAAAAGAUUUCAACUCACUCGCCCUGGUUGUCCAAGACCGCCUCCUGCCUGUAAGAUCCGGUUUCAUUAAUGGAUUACGAAAGAGAUUGUCACAAAAGUCUUUUCUGAGUGUCCGAUGGUAUACAUUACCGUGCCUACUUGCUUUUGAGCCUAGUGUCACCUUGAAGGACAGCACUCUUACGUGGCUUCGCUCGCGGGCAUCCAUAUUUUCUCGCCAGAUGCAAGCCAACAGCAAAGGCAAGGAGCAACAGCAACCUGUGAUGGAGUCUAUGUUUGCGCGCCUUCUCUCUUUACUCGCCUAUCAUCCCGAUUACCCUCCUGCCAGUGAAGACGCGAAAACUCGAAUCGCUGAACUAGCCGACUUUUCUCGAUAUAUCCUCUUCUAUCUGUCAGCAGUUGCGAAUGAGAACAACAUAUCUUUGAUUUUCCACGUGGCGCAACGAGUAAAACAAACGAGAGACGGCAUUAGCAAGUCUGAUGAGAUCACAGAGCGACUCCACACGCUGUCAGAUCUUGCUCAGGCGACGAUUCGUCGAUUCGCAGAGAUUUAUGCACAACAGAACCGACUUGGAGGCGUAACUGGCGGUGCAAGCAUUCUCCAGACAUACCCAGGAAAAUUGAGACUUCCCAGUUCACUGUUUGCCGCCAUGGCAAGCCAUAAAGAGGCACAAGAAGUCGCCGACAGGAAUUUCCUUCCAGAAGAUAUCGAAGACAACCUUGAUAGCAUUGUACGGGCGUGGAUGCGACCAAGGAAAUUGGCUCAGGUGGCUAUCGCCAGUAAGAAGAGGAAGAGUGAACAUGCCGAGACAAAUGGUGAGGGUGAAGCCAAAAAGCCCCGUAGGAAAUCUUCUACUGCUACGCGAAGAGUAUCUGCAUCCGCAACUACGAAGUCAACCCGCAAGAAGAAAACAGGAGAGGACGAAUGGGGCUCUGACUAUGAUGGAGACGAGAAGGCUCUCGCGGCGGAGCGAAGGCGAAGUGGCCGAGGUGCACCCAAGAAGAUUAGCUAUGCUGAUCGUGAUAGUGAUGAGGAUGAUCAAGAGAUGGAGGAGUUGAAUGAAGAUGGCGAGGAAGAGGAAGAAGAAGAUGAAGACGAAGGCAACAAAAGCGAGGCGGGAGACGCUGCCAGUGCGAAUGAUGACGAGGAAAUGAGCGAUGCACCGGAACAAGACAACGAGGAGCAAGAAGUAGCAGAAAAGCAAACGACAUUAAAGAGAAAGGCAGCCGCGAAGAAGGCAUUGUCUUCUGGUCCUACAAAACCCUCAAGAAUAGAGACAUUACCUGUGCGACGUUCGAGUAGACGCGGAUAA